AUGGUCGACGAACGUCCGAGGCCAACUCUUUGGCGCCGCUUCCCUCGCUCUGACACCUCGGUACUACUCUCGCUGGGCGUGCUGCUGUGCUUUGGACGACGCUGUCAAAAGCUCGAGACUCUCGGCACCCUCGACAGGCGCACCAUGCUCGCUUGCAGCGUCGCACGACUCGGUGGCCGGAGCUCGCUUGGAGCGGUGAAGACGGGUGCAAGGCGAACGAGACAGCGCGGGACGACCAUCGACGUCGCACGUUGGUUCACGACGUCUGUCAGGUUGCAGCAGGACUCGAACAGCGAGACCGCCACCUGGCGACCGCCUCCUGCCGGCACCAAGGUCUUCGCGUGCAUGUCGGGCGGCGUUGACAGCAGCGUAGCAGCUCGCUUGCUGCUCGAACAGGGUUACGACGUCGAACCAGUCUUCAUGCGAAACUGGGACACGCUCGAUGAGCAAUCGGGAUCUGGAGGAUGCGAGUGGGAGCGGGAUUGGGAGGACGUGCGGACGAUUUGUCGGGAGAACUUGGGCGCGUUGAAGCCGAGACUCGUCGACUUGUCGCGCGAGUACUGGUCGCACGUGUUCGAGCCGGCGCUGGAGGGUUGGGCGGCGGGCGUAACCCCGAAUCCAGACGUGACCUGCAACCAACACAUCAAGUUCCGAGUACUGCCGGAGCGACUGCUCGCGGAGGAUCCGUCUGCUUGGAUAGCCACAGGCCACUGGGCUCGACUCGGUCCUUCUCCCUUCGACCCCUCGCAACCUGCCCUCUUCCGCUCCUCCAACACCGGCAAGGACCAGUCUCACUAUCUCUCGACAUCUCCCAUUGCGGCUCUACGACGAACGCUCUUCCCCCUCGGCGCGUACUCCUCGAAGGACGAUGUGCGAGAUCUCGCGCGGGAAUGGGGCAUGCACACGGGCGAGAAGAAGGACAGCAUGGGGAUCUGCUUCGUCGGAGUGCGCAAAGGCUUCAGCGGGUUCCUCGACUCGUACCUCCCGCCUUCGCCCGGCAACAUACUCGACGUAACCGGCAAAGUCGUCGGACGACACAACGGUCUCUGGCGAUACACUGUCGGCGAGCGCGCCCGCAUCGGAGGGCAGUCCGAAGCGAUGUUCAUCGCCAGCAAGGACGCCGAGUCGAACACCAUCACCAUCGUGCCCAAGAGCCAUCCCAUGCUUCGCUGCGUUUCGCUCCUCUCGAACGACUUCCGCUGGAUUUCGCCCUCGCAUCCUCCGCCCGAGGUGGGACCGCCGCAAGGCUUCGAAUGCGAAGCGCAGACCCGCUCGCUUCCCUUCGGCGCCCUUGCGAAGUGUACCGUCAGGCGGUGGGGCAAGCGCUCGCUCGACAUCGACCUGCACGAACCACUCGUCGGCGUGUCACCCGGUCAGACCGUUGCGCUGUACAAGGGAGACUGGUGUCUCGGCGGCGGCACGAUCCAGUCGACGUUGACUUUGGCCGAUCGACCUGAAGUUGGGAUUGCGGAGGUUGCAGAGAACCGUCCGCUGCGAAGCAAGGCUGUCGCAAUUUAG